AUGACUGCCCGCGAAGAUACCGUCCUGGCUCCCACCGAUCCCUCCGUCACCGAUGAGAACGAUUGGUGGGAGUUCAGCUUGACCGACGUCAAGGUGCUGCGGCCCGGCAAGAUGCUGUACGCGAACCUACUCGAUGCCUCCGACGACAAUCCCCUACAGGUUAUCGGCUGUUUGGAGCAGGUCCGGGAGGAUGAGGAGCAUUUGGUGCUCAACCCCGACUACCUUUCCAAACGCAUUGUUAUCGACGACGUGACACACUACGCGUAUGGACAAACAGAGGAUAAGACGAUCGAGAUAUGGGUUGCUGGCAAGGCUGGCUGGUACGACAUCUCGCCAGCCAAGGGAUACCUGCCUACCUUCAACCGCAUGGUCCAGUCGAUUGACCUGCUGUAUUUCCUGGUGGACCGACACAAGCAGGGUCGCAGACAGCUGAAACCCACUGUCCGGGAGCUAUGUGAACAAGUUAGUCGCGUGUUUGUUUGUUGCCUGGCCCGUCCACUGACACCCUCCCAGUACAUCUACCACACUCACGGCGUGUGCGAGGACAGAGCACAGUCCGCCGAAGUCUUCAAGGACCACGGUCCUUUCUUACUUCGCUGCAUGAUCCGGGACGAGGAAGAGGUGCAGUGGAAGAAAACCAACAUCUUCAACCACCUGCGCCGCCAGUGUCGCGCUUACGACCAGAUCAUGGAGGAGGUCUCGUCAAGCUCCGCCGAUGAGGCUCAAGAUGAGCCUGAAGUUUCGACUCCUCGACAUGAUCCAGCUGCGAUUGCGAAAUCGCAGACUUAUGCCAUCUACCAGCUCCUCAAAGAGCUACGAGACGAGGGCCAGCUGGCCAAACGCCGACUUCACAUCGAUCUCUUGCAGGAACGCCUAGCCAGUCGAUAUUCCUUGACCGACAAGGAUGGCGCACAGAAGAUCAUCGCUGCCCGAGCAACCGCCGUGCUGGAGUUGAUGGAUGCCGAGGAAGGUUUUCGAUGGCAUCGCUACGUGAUCCACCGGGAGCUCAAGCAAGCUGCCUCGAAACAUACCCCCCUGCCACCAGCGCUUCUCACACCCCUGCUCGCCUUGGAACCCUCCAGUGACGAAGAUAGCGGUCGAGUCCGCAAAUCCGUGCUCCGACCCAAGGCCACCUCGAAGAAGUUGAUGGGCAAGCGAAACAAAGAUGCCGCUGCCAAUCAAGAAGCCAAAGAGUCCGACGCCGACGACGACGAGGAAGACGCCCCGGACGAGAUGAACACACCCAGCAAGACCCGAGGCCAUGAGCUAAUCCGCGACCCAUUCUCUUCUGCAAAGCCGCGGACCCGCUCCAUCCUGUCCGACACGGGACCUGCCGCUUCUCUUAUGAAGCGACUGCUCCAGGACACCGUCCAGACACCCACAACCCCGAUCCUCUCAGACACAAAUAACGGCACAUCAGACUUAAGCUCCCUACCUACCACCGGCGACUCUGAGCUCGAGUCCGACGAUGUCUGGACCUGCCAUAUGCCCGAAUGCACCAAGACCAUUGUCAUGAAGGCCGGGGACGAGCGCAAGAAGCUGGUCGAAGCACAUGCCACCGAACACGACUGGAAGACUCAGAUGAGGGUCGAGCUUGUGGAAUCUGAGAGGCGCUUGCACUCGGCUUUCCCCGUUACCAAUCUCAUGCAGUACCUCGUCAACCAGCACUACCAGCAGAUGCGCACUGCAUUUCCGGAGCUUUAUGAGGGGGAUAACCAAAGGAACGGAAAUGGAACCAUCGAGCACGCGCUGAGCCCUAGCGAUAAUGGUGAUGCGGAGACAACGCCUAAAAGCCAGCGCUCCUCUGCAAAGAAACAGAAACUGACGCCCGCUGAUGUGAAUGGCCAUACCUGA